CCUGCUGUGAAUGUUUUCCGCAUCCAUGCCCACUCCGCCUCCCCCUGCUUCCGCUGUCUGCACGGUGGUCGACAGAACGGCUGUGGAAUAGCGAACAUGGGAGUACAAAUUGAAACCAUUAAGCCGGGAGAUGGACAGACAUUUCCAAAGAAGGGGCAGCGCGUCGUGGUGCACUAUGUCGGAACCUUGGCGGAUGGGAAAGUGUUUGAUUCUUCGAGGAACCGAGGAAAGCCAUUUAAAUUCAAGAUUGGGCACCAGGAGGUUAUUCGUGGCUGGGAAGAAGGCGUCGCCCAGAUGAGUGUAGGUCAGCGUGCAAAGCUUAUCUGCUCACCUGACUAUGCUUAUGGCAGCAAGGGCCACCCGGGCAUCAUCCCUCCAAACGCCACUCUGACCUUUGAUGUGGAGCUGCUUGGUUUAGAGGCCUAAGAUGUUCGCACUGCUUUGCUUAAUUCCACUGAACUUGCCAGGGUCAACUCCUAUCUCGGGAACAUGGAGGCAAAACGUUACAAGAUGAUUCCUGCAUAGGACCUAUGUCUAUAGCUUCACUAAUUCACUCUCCUUCUCAUUUACAUACAACUUGUUUUUUUCCACUUGCUUUUUUUAUUUGACUUUCUGUUCAGUCAUAGGUCAUCCCAUGACUUUGUAUUUUCAUGUUUAUUUUUUUGUUUCAAGACUUUUCGAGAAGUUACAAAACAUGUCAGUUUUUAUACAGAAACUGAACAGGUCUUUGGCUUUGCGGCCUUUCCACAAUAACAGUCCAGAUUGUGGGUAGUGCAUUUUCUUCAAGAAAAUACAUUGUUUGACAGAGAGAUUUCUAUGAAUGUCUGUGGUGAUUAGUUAUUGGACUACUUAGGACAGGAUUCCGGCAUAAUUUAGAAUUUUCGAAUCAAGCACAUAUUUGCCAUGAGCUGCCUACAGGUCUCUGCAAAUGUUAGAUUGACUGUCUGUAUGGCCAUAUUAAUUAUUUAUGAGAGUGAAACGAUCUUUGCUCAGACUCUCACAACUGGACAGUUGUUGUCUUGAUGGUUGCUUGUAAAAUGUGGGGAGUUUAUUGCCAAAAGGUUUUGUGGGGGACAAAAAACUGUUGGGGGCAAAAGCUUUUGACACUUGCAUGAAGACUUUCCCCCUCAGGGAUUGUUGAAACCCUGCAGUUUGUGGUUGCAUUUUUUUCAAGGAGUUGUGUGUUACAAGCUGUGGACGUUGCAUUUGGGUCCUUACUCUUCACAAUAAAAGAGUAAUUUUACCACAAA